UGGCUUCUACAUCUAAUCUGCUUUCUAUCUGUUUUUACUCCUUUUUUCCUCCCAUUUUCUCUGUUUUAUUAUUAUAGAACACCCAAGAGAGAGCUGAAUCCGUUCUAACAGAACAUUACAGAGAAUAGAAAACGCUUUAGGAAAGGAAAGUAGAGUCCAGUAAUUGGGUUAAGGAAUAUAAGUAUAUUAUGGCCUGUGGAGGGGGAGUAAGAACACCCUGUGGAGCUUGUAAGUUUCUUAGGAGAAAAUGUGUAAAAGGAUGCGUUUUUGCCCCUUAUUUUUCCUCGGAGGAUUUGGGUGCAUCAGAAUUUUCUGCAAUACAUAAGAUUUUUGGUGCCAGUAAUUUUUCUAAGUUGCUGCAAAAUAUUCCAUCAGAAGAAGAACGAUAUGAUGCAGUGGCGAGCAUAUCUUAUGAAGCCCAGUCUCGCCUGCAGGAUCCCAUUUUUGGAUGCGUUUCACACAUCUUUUCUCUUCAACGCCAGGUUGCACAUUUGCAGGAUGAAUUGAGAUUUGCCCAGGCUCGUCUGGCCUGUAGCUCAGAAAGGGCGUCAUUGAGUCCACACCAACUAGACCACAGUUUCACUGAAAUACCAGCUUCCUCCAAUGACAGUCCUUAUGGGCAUUAUUGUUCUCCUAAUGAAAUGUAUUCAAGUCAUCAAAGCCCAUCUCAGAAUACGACCAUUUCUAGUGACAAUAACGAUGCAUUUUUCCCCAUCUACAUACAAGAGUAUUGCCAAGAUCACUAUCCUACGGCCCAACAAAUUAAUGUAUAUCGAGGCCAAUAGAAUAUCAUAGGAAGCAAGACCUUAGCAUUGAGGAAAGCAAAUUUCAUUUCAGCCAGUAAUGGCCCGUCUGGCUGGCCUCACAGACCCUAGCCAUUUCAACCAUACAUUUUACCACCUAAUGUUGCAAAGUUCGUUUUAAUAGUAGAAUAGAUAAUAUUGUACUACUUAUUGUAAUGCUUGAGA